AUGUUCUUCAGUCAAGUUUUGAGAUCUUCUGCUCGCGCUGCCCCAAUCAAGAGAUAUACAGGUGGUAGAGUAGGUGAAUCCUGGGUGAUUACUGAAGGAAGGAGACUCAUUCCGGAAGUUCUUCAAUGGAGUGCCGCUUUGAGCAUUUGUUUAGGUUGGCCAGGCGCUGUGUACUUCCUUAGUAAGGCCAGAAAAGCAAGUUGA